AUGUCCCCAGACGCCGACACACCAACCGCCUCGAACGGCUCGACUCGGCCACAUGCCAACGGCAACUCUCAGCCGCGGCCAGACGCUAAUGGCAGCCACAAGGUGGUCUCAGGCUCGACAAACGGAUUCUCGCAUCGACGAGCACCGCCCAAGUCAUACUUUGGCCACGAUAGCGAAGAGGUGACACGACUGCUGAUACAAGCUCUAUCCGACAUGGGCUACCAGUCUGCAGCCGAUAGUGUCAGCCGUGAUAGUGGAUUCGAGCUCGAGAGCUCUGCAGUCACGAGCUUUAGGAAUGCCGUGCUAGAGGGCGAAUGGGCCGCCGCGCAGCAGCUGCUGAGUGGCGCAGCCAUAACAGGCGAGCGGUCGAAUGAAGCAGGAAAUGGACUUGUGCUGGCGGCGGGAGCGGAUCGAAACAUGAUGCGAUUCUGGAUACGACAGCAGAAAUAUCUCGAACAGCUCGAGAGAAGGGACACUGCCAAAGCAGUUGCUACUCUGCGGACAGAGCUGACCCCUCUGUAUCAGGAAAGCGGCAAGCUCCACUUCCUGUCCGGGCUGCUCAUGUGCCAGACGGCGGACGAGGUUCGAACAAAGGCCGAGUGGGAUGGCGCAUAUGGCAAAUCUCGACAAGUUCUUCUUUCCGAGUUGUCCAAAUGCAUCUCACCAUCGGUGAUGCUUCCUGAGCACCGGCUUGCGAUCCUGCUACAUCAGGUCAAGGCAAGUCAGGUGGGCUCUUGCGUUUGGCACUCAAACUCCAGCACCUCGCUUUACUCCGAUCACCGAUGUGAGCGCCGCAACUUUCCCACGGAGAAUGUUGCCGAGCUGGAUGAUCAUGAUGGGGAGGUCUGGCAGGUCGUCUUCUCCCACGAUGGAACACGGCUAGCAACUUGCGGCAGUGACAAAAAGGUCAUCUUAUGGGAGGUCCCAUCCUUCAGGCAGCUGCACGUGCUGGGCGGCCACAACGACGGGGUCGGCAAUGUAGCGUGGAGCUGGGACGACUCAUUAAUUGUGACCUGCUGCCAGGAUCGGUACGCGCGGUUAUGGGACACGAAUACCGGAUUCUGUCUCAAGACUUCGGAGCGCUUCCAAGAGCCUGUAUGUAGCGCCGUCUGGGCUGCGGAUAAUCAGAGCUUCAUCACGGGCUCGUUAGACAAGACCCGCAGUCUUGUGCAAUGGGACCUGUCGAUGGGCAAGAUUUUCGACUGGCCCAGCCAGCGUCGAGUGGAAGACCUGGCCAUGUCCCGCGAUGGAAGAUGGCUCGUAGCCAUGGACGAUACAAGCCACAUCCAAGCAUUCAAUCUGCAUACGCGAGAGCUCGAGUACGAAAUGGAUCUGCAAGUCCGCCUUGCCUCCGUCAACAUAAGCCAGGACUGUCGACACUUGCUUGUCAACCAUAACAACGGAGUAGCACAGUUGAUCGACCUCGUCCAGCGAGAGACGGUGCAGAAGUAUACCGGCCACGGAGGCGGCGAGUACAUGAUUCGAAAUGACUUUGGCGGGGCCAACGAGAGCUACGUCAUAGGCGGAAGCGAGGAUGGCUGCGUUUUCAUCUGGCAUAAGGCAAGCGAGGAGGCCGUGGAGAAGCUGAGCGGACACACCCCGCGGUGCAACUCUGUAUCAUGGAGCCCAACUGACCCGUGCUUGUUUGCAUCAUGCGGCGACGACGGCAAGGUCAAGAUCUGGUCUAAUAGCAAUUUCCCAAAGAUGAGGGCGGACCUCCAGAACCGACAGCAUGAGACUGGCAACAGCUUCAACGGCUCUUAG